AGUGAUGAUGCGGAGGAGGAUUUUUUUUUUCCUGAACACAAAGCGGAAGUGUAAGGUCGGAAGAGAAAUGGAUGACACACGACCGGGCUAACUUGACGCCUUAUCGGCGACGAUGGAUGCCACAUUUACCGCCUGCUUGUUGGCUUCGUAAGGGAGGCGCCUGGAUCCAAAAAAGCGAGACUUUUAACAGCGAUGCUAGCGCCUAGCAUGCUAGCAUGUCAGUUUGACGUGUCGUGGUACGUUCAAGGUGAAAAAAAAAAGCAACAACUUUUUGGUUAAAACAAAAACGGUGUUUUGCUUUUUACGACGACGGACUAAACCGUGGAGACACUUCCGUUAGCCGACUAGCGCUUCUAGCUAUAACUGAGUCAAGCUUAUAGUUGUUUACUUUUUUCCUCCCUGGCGCGACUUGAGACAAAUAAUGCAUCGCUGAGUGUGGACUGCAAGCUUCGCGUCAUGGCAUGGAUGUGAGACCAAAUACUCCUUCCUGGAUCCGUGUGUGCCUCACCUAAGUUCUUUUUGACAUCCAAAUUGAACCAGCAGAGAUGCGUAUUUCGUCCUUUCUGGCCGUGUUCAGGCCUGUUUUGCCCCUGAUCCUCGGGCUGUCUCUGGGCUGCAGCCUGAGCCUCUUGAUGGUGUCCUGGACUCAGGGGGACUCGGAGGAUUCCUGCAAGGACGACCUGGGCAACGGGAAGCUGUACCUGGGCAGGGGGGAUGCUCAGAGGGACUCGAGGGACGGGGUUGAGAAGGAGGACUUCCAACCACGUAUAGUCCCCUACCACAAGGACCCCAACAAGCCCUACAAGAAAGUACUGAGGACUCGUUACAUACACACAGAGCUGGGCAUUAGAGAGCGCCUCCUAGUGGGCGUUCUGACCUCCCGGGCAACCCUCAACACGCUGGCGGUGGCGGUCAACCGCACGGUGGCCCACCACUUCCAACGCACCUUCUUUUUCACGGGCCUGCGCAGCCCCAAGGUGCCGCACGGCAUGGCGGUGGUCGCUCACGGCGACGACCGCCCGGUGUGGCUGAUGUACGAGACGGUGCGCCACCUCCACCAACACUACAGCGCCGACUACGACUGGUUUCUGCUGGCCCAGGACGACACGUACAUGCAGGCGCAGCGCCUGUCUGAGCUCGUGGGACACCUGAGCGCCGGUCAGGACCUUUACAUGGGCCGGGCGGAGGAGUUCAUCGGCGGGGAGGAGAAGGCACGGUACUGCCACGGAGGUUACGGCUACCUGCUGUCCCGCAGCCUGCUGGCGCGUCUGCAGCCGCACCUGGACUCAUGUCGCAACGACAUCCUCAGCGUCAGGCCCGACGAGUGGCUGGGCCGCUGCAUCAUCGACUACCUGGGCCUCAGCUGUGUGGAGAUCCACCAGGAUAUGACGUAUCGUUACUUUGAGCUGGGGAAAAACGCUGAUCUAGAGCGUGAAGACAGCAUGCAGUUUAAAAACGCCUUCACCGUCCAUCCGGUGUUGGAGCCCAACCUGAUGUACCGCCUGCACAAGCGCUUCAGCCAGAUUGAACUGGAGCGGACGUACAUGCAAAUACAGGAGUUGCAGAUGCAGAUCAACAACCUGAGCGACUUGACGCCAGAGGGUAAGGCGGGCGUCACGUGGCCGGUGGGCGUUAACCCCCCCUUCCAUCCCAGAACGCGCUUUGAGGUGAUCAACUGGGAAUACUUCACGGAAGAGCACAUCUACUCCUGCGUGGACACCUCCCCCAAGUGCGAGAUGAGAGGUGCCGACCGCGCUGACGUCAACUCCGUGCUGGAGAUCGCCGUGGAGCGCCUGAACGAGCGCUACCAGCCGCAACUGCGCUUCCUCAAGCGGCGCCUGCUCAACGGCUACCGCCGCUUCGACCCGACCCGCGGCAUGGAGUACGUGCUGGACCUGGCGCUGGAGGCGUACACCCAGAAGGGCCACAGCCAGGUCAUCGCCAAGCGGGUCAACCUGCUGCGGCCACUGAGCGCCGUCGAGAUCAUCCCCAUGCCGUACGUGACGGAGGCCACGCGGGUGCAGGUCAUCCUCCCCGUCACCGCCCAGGAUCAAGACUAUGUGGGGAACUUCCUGGACAUGUACGUGAUGAACACGCUGGACACGCACGACAACGUCCUGCUCACAUUCCUCUUCAUCUACGACCUUUUCGACGCCCAGCGGGUCAGCCAGACGGACGUGUUUGCCGGCGUCAAGGCCAUGAUCGGCGAGGUGGAGAAGCGCUACGGUGACGUCAAGAUCCCCUGGAUCAGUGUCAAGACGGAGGUUCCCUCACAGGUCAAGCUGAUGGACAUCAUCUCCAAAAAGCACCCCGUGGACACACUCUUCUUCCUGGCCAGCGUGUGGACCGAGGUCAACGCCGACUUCCUGAACCGCUGCCGGAUGAACGCCAUCAGCAGCUGGCAGGUCUUCUUCCCCAUCCACUUCCAGGAGUACAGCCCGGCUGUGGUUUACCGCGACCAGCCGCCGUCCGCCGCCUCCUCCUUCGCCUCAGAGUCGCUUCGAGACGGCCACUUCGACCGCCGCGUCUUUGACGAGGCCUGCUUCUACAACGCCGACUACAUGACCACGCGCAGCAAGAUGGCGGCUGACAUCCUGGACAACGAGGAAAUGCUGGAGAGCAUGGACGUGUACGACAUAUUCGUCCGCUACUCCGGCCUGCACGUGUUCCGAGCCGUGGAGCCGGCGCUGGUCCAGAAGCACGUGCGGCGAGCGUGCAACCCGCGUUUCAGCGAAGAUAUUUACCAUCGCUGCGUCCUCAGCAACCUGGAGGGGCUGGGCUCACGCUCCCACCUCGCCAUGGCGCUAUUCGAGCAGGAGCAGGCCAACAGCACUUAGCUACCAAGGUCCAAAUAGUUCUCAAGCUUUUUUACUUGAACAACCAGACAAUAUUUACACUACACACAACAUUUACUCUGAAGAUGCCAACAACGGAUGUAUCAUUCCAAACUAACAAGGCGAGCUGAACUGCACUCCAUCCUUUUUAUACAUCUUGCUGGAAAUUAGUUGAAACCCUUUGCUGCCUUUUGUUUUUGGGACAAUGUGUUUUUCUUAAACAUGAAAUAUGACAUCCAGGAGUUUCCAAAAAAGCGGACUCUCCACCAGUGCCCGGGCCGCCAACUCGCCAAACGUGCACUGUGGCUUAUAUCUGCGGAACAAAGCUGAAUGGGUCACUUCACUCAGCGCUUAGCUCCCCACCUGCAUCACCCAAGGGAGGAGCCCACUGUGAAAGGCGUCUUUUUCCUGGCUGAGUGGAACACAUGACACACACAUUCCGUACACAGCUUGUGUGUGACAGCAGCUUACAUAAUGCCUGCCAUACUUCAAUAAUGACACUCAGUAGGGGUGGGAAUCUUUGGGCACCUAACGAUUCGACCCGAUCCCUGUGGUGACGAUUCGAUUCAGAAUCCAUUAUCGAUUCCAAUUGAUUCUUGCGAUGUAAUAUUUGGUAUAGUAACUAUAAUGAAACUUCCAAGUUCAAAAAAGCUCCUUGUAGUUGCUUGGAGAUGGCCUAAAAACUAUUUUUCAAAUUGAUUCUUAUCUAAAAAAAAGUUUUUUCCAAUUUUUUAAAAUUAGAAAAUGAUUUAGAAUUGGGAUGAAUAAGAAUUACGAUUCAUAUUUGAUUUUUUUUGGCACCUGUAACACUCAGGAGUGUGAAUCUUUGGGCACCUUAGGAUUUGAUCUGAUUCUGGUUCCUGGUGUGACAGUUGGAUUCAGAAUCGAUUUUCAAUUCAACAGGAUUCUCGAUUCAACCAGAAUCUCGCAAUUUAUAUUUAUAAUGGAACUUUUUGAAGGUUAGAAAAGCUUCUGGUUGCGUGGAGAAAAAUAAAAAAAUAUAUAUUUUCUUAUUUAUUUUUGAAUCUAUUUUUAAAAAUUUAAAAUCGGGAUGAAUAAGAAUUGUGAAUCGAUUUUGUUGUGCACCCCUAACACUGAUACUGAAAUAAUGACACACCUACUUCAAUAAUGACACUGCCAUACCUGAACGACACAAAGACACUCGGCACGUUGUGGCAUUUACAAACUUUGGCAAGCGCUUGUUUAUUUAUUUACAUCCAGUCUGUCUCACACAGUUACCCCACAUUUUUUUGUUGUUGCUCCUGGCACUUUUGUAUCUUUUUUCAGCAUUAAACAAACUACAGAGCAGCACUCUCCCUUUAAAAACAUGCUAUGUGAGUGAACACCAUAAGGAGCUAAUGAGUCACAGCUGUAUGACAACUACAAAAUAGAAAACAAAACAAAAAACUAUUGCUAAUGCAUUAAUAAAAAACACUAAUUUGCUGGUGGCAAGUUAUUUUUUGGCAACAAAAAGUUCCAGAAGGCUGUGCCACCCGUACUAAUAUAUUUACAUUAUAGCGUUCAGAAGUCCACAGAGCAUGCAUAGGCCAUCGUGAAGUGAGUGUGAGGGUGUCGCUCGCCUGCGAUGAAAAACGGCAGAGAAUUUACAGCACAGUGCAAAGGAACCACCAGCGUGUUCCUACUGAGGAUACGACGUCCUCUGUGGGACAUGACAUUUACUGUACAUACUAGCCAUUACAAGGAAGGUGGAAAACGGUGCAGAUUAGAUGUUAGAGCUACUAAGAUUUCACAGGAAGAGAAGGGAGGUCUCACUCUGUUGCAGCAUCUGGCUCCAAAAGAAGCCUUAAACAAGACUGAAGUACAUAAACAUAUUUACAUUCACAUAGCUCGCACGUUAAAAAUGUAACACUUAGUGUAAAAGAAAGCAAAAGUUUGUCAGCACAAAGAGCUCCCAAAAAGAGUGAGACACAAUUUGGUGUCCCGAGGGGGAUGUCUAUUUCUGCUUCAGUGAUGAACCUUUGGUAAUCAUUAUGACAUAACACCAGCCAAUCCUUUUUGUUAAUGCUAUGAUUGCUUGAAGAGCAUUCUUUUCGUCACUCAACACUUCAAUUGAUUUGCAUAACACUGAUGUGGGAACUUUGGAAGUCUUCUGAUUUAGGAACAUGAUGUGGGAUCUGAGCCGAGGAUGUCGCUGCGGCUUUUGCAGCCCUUUGAGACACUUGUGAUUUAGGGGCUAUAUAAAUACAAUUAGAUUGAUGCAUUUAAAUUAGGAACAGUGGAUAGCUGCAGGAGCCAUUGCUGGUGUGGUUACUUUUAAACACGACAAAACGCACGUACCCUCUGAGCCUGAAUACACAAAGCAGUGCAGGUAGGCAUGACGUAAUCACCUGCAGUCAAGUUCUGCUCGGAAGCACCCUUUUGUUUUUUAUACUUCCUUUUUAAUACCCUCUCCUCACUGCGCCUGCGCAAAAUGGCUGACCAGGCCGGCCAAAAUCAUGUUAGCAAACGAUGUUUUCACGUGUAAAUGUGCCUGUGUCCCAUUAUCCCUUCAUUUUGGGCACAUACCAAGUCCCAUAAACAUAAUAAAUUAAAGACAAGCUUACUUUUUGUAGUAAGCAAUCCUUUUUAGCGUUCCUAGUUCGGGUCACCGAGGCCACAAAUGUUUUCUUCUUGACUUGUGUUUUGACAUUCGGUAACAUUUUGAAAGCGAGCACUACCGACGCCUACAGGGCCAAAGUGGAACUGCAACGACCUUGACAUACAAUCGAGAAAGUUGUCUUUUACACAGACAAAAUUCAUGUAAAAAUGUUAAUAAGGGUGUUUCAGUAAUUUUUUGCAUCAUAUGGAGAGCUGUUUCUAACAUUUACUACCUUAUUUAGCUACAUAACGAAGGGUGGCAAAAUAUUAGAAAGAGCUUUCAGUGCAUACUUGCCAACCUUGAGACCUCCAAUUUCGGGAGGUGGGGGGCGUGGUCGGGGGUGGGGCGGAGGCGAGGUUGGGGCGGGGGCGUGGUUAAGAGGGGAGUAUAUUCACAUUUACAAUUCACCAACUCAAGUAUUUCAUAUAUAUUUCAUAUACAUAUAUAUAUGUAUGAAAUACUUGAUUUUCAGUGAAUUCUAGCUAUAUAUAUUUAUUUUAUAAUAUAUAAAUAAAAUAAAUAAUCGAAUUUCAGACGGCACCUAUCAAAUACACAGUAAUAAAAACACAGUUCUACUAACUGUACUCAAACACCAGGUGAGGUGAUGAAGUUAAUUCUCUUUACUGUGGGCUUCAGAACAGACUCCCUCACCUUCUGUCAGGUGCACAACCCCACGUAAAUCGUUGGCCAAUCAAAAAGCAACCCCAUAACGCUAUAGCCAAGAUUCACCAGGAGAUGGCAACAGACAACAUAGAUCACUCUAUUACAGACAGCGUUGCCAUGGCUGUAACUUCCUCGUUCUUCUGCUUCGUCUCCUUGUGUGUGCAGUUUUUUAUUAAAAUCUGUAAAUGUUGUAACAUAAUUGGGCAGGCAAGCUGUUUAUAUAGUGGGAAAGCGGACGUGAAAACAGGCUGUACCCACUCAGGUCCGCAUGAAGCUGGAGGGGGCGUGACCACCAGCUCCGGCUGAAUUUCGGGAGAAAAUUUCUUCCGGGAGGUUUUCGGUAGAGGCGCUGAAUUUCGGGAGUUUCCCGGAAAAUCCGGGAGGGUUGGCAAGUAUGUUUCAGUGUGACAAUGUACCUAAUGUGGUGACCUUCCAAUUUUGAAUUGUUUGGCCUCGGCGGAGAGCUGGGCCACACACAAAUAUACCCAAACACGCACACACACAGUGUUUAGGUAUUGCGGACCGCCAAGGCCUGCUCUAGCUCCUGUCUCCUCUGCUGGAUCUGUUGGGAGAAAUAUAUGAAAAUAUGAUAGCGGGAAUAUGGGGGAGGUUUUGGGACACCAUGUGGUGACGUUUACUCACCUUACAGUAGAAGUAGCGGCUGACCGCCUCCUGGGACCAGGGCUCAUGGUAGAAGGCCGCCCUGCGCUCCUCCUCGGGGUUCCCCACCACGUCCGUCAUUAGCUACAAAAAGGGAAAAAAAAGGAGCUUCAAUCCUAAAUGUGACCAAGAUGGAGGACACCAGCUGUUGUUGAGCGUAUAAAAAGCAGCAAGUGAACCUUGAGGUCUCUGCUCUGGGACUUGAGCCAGUCCUGGAUGUAACCUUUGGGGUCUCGGGAGAAGCUGAGCAUGAAGUCCCUCUGGAUCUUCAACUGGUUGAUGGACUCAAUGGUCUCAUGGAUCUGGAAAAAAAGGAAAUGGAUCAAACAAAAAUAAACACAAAAUAAAUGUAUAUAAAUACAUUUGUUCAUAAAGCGCACCUUGUUGUCCAGUGUGGCGAUUUCCUGUUGGUUGGCGGUGGACAGGAGGAAGCUGCUCAUCUGGCUUUUCAGGGGGUCUUCCACUUCCACGUCGAUGUCGUAGCAGGCCGUCUUCUUCUGGUCGUUAGGGUCCACACUAGAGGUGGGCGAUUCCAAUAUUAAUAUUAUACAUACCAUGGCAGUACUGAUAUUUAAUCGCACUGUGAUGAAGUGAAUUAUAUUUAUAUAGCCCUUUUCUCUAGUGACUCGAAGCACUUUUACAUAGGGAAACCCAAUAUCAAAGUUACAUUUAAACCAGUGUGGGUGGCAAUGGGAGCAGGUGGGUAAAGUGUCUUGCCCAAGGACACAAGGGCAGGGAAUAGGAUGGCGGAGGCGGGGAUCGAACCUGGAACCCUCAAGUUGCUGGCACGGCCACUCUACCAACCGAGCUAUACCCCUCGAUAAGAUUGUAUUUUUAAAAAUAUAUUUUGUUUAUAUUUACAAAUAUCUGUGAAUAACUUUGUGUAAAAGUGGGUUUUGAACAUGGAUAUUAUCAAUACUACAGCUGUAUCAGAAUUGGAUUGGUGUGAUGAGAUCAUAUUUUUUUAAGGUACAUUCUGUUUAUUUGCACAAAAAUCUUUGUUUAUGCAAUCAUGUACACAAAUAUUUGUGAAAUUAAAAAGAACAAAACUCAAAAAAAUACAAUCUCAUCACAUUAGUAUCAAUUUAAAACUGAUACUGCCCUGGUAUCAAUGAUAUCAAUCAAUCAAUCAAUGUUUAUCUACUACUUUAUAUAUUUACACAAGAAUAAUUUUCUUUUUGGUCUUCUUUUGGUUUGUAACUGGAUUGUGUGCAAAUCAUUUACAAAAUAAUAACCCUGAAUGAAUAACAGCUGCUUAAUAAACAGACCAGCAUGAUUGUUUUAACAACAACAAAAAAAGUCAAAUCAGAUUUUUUUUAAAUAUUUUAUAUUUUUAAAAUUCAUUUUAUAAUGUAUUUUAGUCUGAUUUUAUGUUGUUUGAAAUGAAUACAACACAAUAUUUCAUUAUUGCACAUGCCUUCAAUAUUGCUCUUGCCUUUCUUUUGUCAGUGUUGACUGCAGGUGGGGGGUCGAUUCAAAUAUCGAAAUAACUGAUACCAAUGCAGGAUCAAAAUUGGGUUGAUAUAAGCGUGCUGAGAUCAUAUUUUUUUUUAGUUAUAUUCUGUUUAGAUUUACAAAUAUCCGUGUAUAUAUUUUCUAAAAACGGAUUUGAGCAACAUAUUAAUAUCUGCAGAUAUUUGUAAACAUAAACAGAAUAUACUGUAACUAAAAAAAACCCAAUCUCACCACAUUAGUAUACUAUCAAUCCAAAACUGAUACUGCCUUAUUAUCGAUAAUAUCUACAACUUAGAUAUUUACACAAGAAAAAUAGUUUCGUUUUGUACAUGUUUUUUUUUUGGUCAUUUCUUGGUUUCUAACUGGAAUGUGUACAAAUAAUGGAAAAUAUAAUAACCCCAGCAAGAAUAACAGCUGCUUGAUAAACAAACAAAGCGAUUUUAACAACAACAAAAAUUGUAAAAUACAUAUUUUUUCAAACAUUUUAGAUAUUUUUAAUAUAUUACCAUUAUAUAUUAUAGUAUGAUUCUAUGUAGGUUGAAAUGUAUACAAAACAUUGCACACGUCCCCAAUAUUUCUUUAGCCUCCCUUUUAUCAGUGCAGACUAGAAGUGGGCGAUACCAAUAUCAAUAUAAUCAAUACCAGGGUAGUAUCAGAAUUGGAUUGAUAUCUUAUGUUUUUGAAUUACAUUCUGUUUAUUUUCACCACUCUUUGAGUAUGUUUGCUCUAAACGGUUUUGAGCAAAAUAGCAAAAACAUACAUGGAUAUCUGAAAAAAUAUUGGUUUGAAUUUGAUACAAAACAUUAUCCCACACAUCCUCAGUAUUUCUUCAGCCUUCCUUUUAUCAGGAGGAACAUUGAGAACAUGUGCAAUAAUAUUUUGUAUUCAUUAUAAAAUGACAGAAUCAUACUAAAAUAUAUCAUAAUAGUAAUAUUAAAACAUAUAAAAUGUUUUUAAAAAAUUUUGAUUUUAGAAUUUGAUUUCACAAACCAUGUGCGUUUGUUUAUUAAGAGCCAGCAGCUGCAAUAUUCACUGGGGUUAUUAAAUUAUAAAAUUACUUGCACGCAAUCAAGUUAUAAAUCAAGAAAAAACAAAAAAAUAAAAUAAAAUAAAAAAUGAUUAUUUUUGUGUAAAUACAUUAAGUAUUUAAAAAAUUACUGAAUUAAACCCAUGAUCAAAAAUUGAGGAUGUAAACUCCAUGCACAAAUAAAAUAAAUAAAGGCGAUGCUCAUAGUUAAUACCAUUAAAAACGCCCAUGCUCACUUCAACAAAUAAAUACUUAUUUGAACCGUAUUGUUCUUUUUGAGGAAUAUGAGCAGAGAAAUAAAGAAACAUAAGCUAAAAUGGCAGCCUUAGAUCCAGAUGUAUAACUUUACGAGCCUUUAGACUUUAGAGAUAACUGUUGACGUGCAUUCAAGUUUUUGAAAAAGAUUUGAAAAAGAUUUGGCUGUUUUUUGAAGUUAUUUUAAAAUAUGGAAGCCAGUAAUAACCUGUGACUUUCUCACUUUUAAUCCAAAUUCUAAAGUGUGAUUAAUCUGAUUUGAAAAAAAUAAUCAUUUGACAGCAGUAGCGGUGUAGUUCUAUUGUAGCAACUACAACACACUUCAUUAAUCUUUAGCUCUGAAUACUCCUCAGUCUUUUAUUACUUCCUGUUUGGACUCGUUUGUGUUGCUGCUAAAGGGAAACAUUAUCACAAUUUCAAAAGGCUUAAAAACAAUAAAAAUCAGUUCCCAGUG